GCCUGAGCCCCGCCUCGUGCACGCAGUCUUUUGCUCGCCAUUCGCUCGCUUGCUGUUGUCGGAACGACCGGGAACAUCUCGAUUUGCGACAUCACGACAAUGAACGGCCACGGCGGGCCCAGCAACGGCGCAGGAACGGCAGACGCAGGGGGCGAGCCAUAUCCCAAUCAUGUUGGCCCUUCGACCGGCGUGAACGGCUACGCACAGCCGACACCCUACCAGCUGCACAACGAAGCCAUCGUGCACCACCUCUUUCACGCGGGAUUUCAAACUGGAAACUAUGCGGACACCGUGCUCCAUGUAUUGCAAAACAUGUACAGGCUACAUGCGAUUAUCCUUUCCCGUUCGCCCUUCCUUGCCCAUCUCAUGUCGACAUCACCUCAAUCGGGCGGUCAGCGAACCAUCUACGUCCACCUUGAACAAGAGCCCGAGGUGACGCAUGAGGGAUUUGCAAUAGCAAUGGGAUACCUCUACUCGGCCGAGUCACUGAAUGCGCUCCGUCCAGAGAAUGCACGCGCAGUGCUCGCCGCAGCAUGCCUCCUGGGAGGUAUGGAUGAUCUCUGUGGGUACGCCUACGAGCUAUGCCGGCAGUCGAUCAGCAUCGAAAAUGUCGGCGAAUGGCUAGAGUUCGCCGAGGCGGUUCCGUCGCCCUCUUCAGACGGCUCGAGCACGCCCGUUGAGCCGCACCAGCUGCAGCAGCCGUCGCGAACGGCGGUGUUUGGGCCGUACGCACAGCGGCUGCGAGAGGACGUGUUCCACUUCCUCGCGGUUCGGCUGCCGAACAUCCUCAACGUAGGCGGGAUCUCGACGCCGGUGACGCCACAGGCGGACGCAGGGGCGCCGUCCGAUGCGGGGCGGGAUACGCUGCUGCAAAUUUACGCGCGGGUGCCGUUCGACCUGUUCAAGGCGGCGGUAGAGAGCCCGACGUUCCAGAUAGGCUCCGAUCAGGCUCGGUUCAAGUUCGCGAAGGACGCGAUCGAGCUCCGCAAACGGGGCGUUGCACGUGGGCAAGGCGCGGAGGAGACAGUCGUUCUAGCCUUUGGUGGAGGGAACUUUGGGGGUAGCACGGUGCACGUCACGAGAAAACUGCGGAAGCGGCCGCUGUGGAAGGUGAACGCUUCGUGAGGGCCUGGAGGGCGCCUGCUGUGUCGAAAAGGAUAUCUGGGUGCCGUACAUUAGCUCGUCCUACUCUGCUCUCUUGUUUCAUCCUGUGCUCUGUUCAUAUAUCGCCAACAGUGACUGUUCGUCUCGAUAUGUGUCAAGGCCUGAGCGUGUUGGUAUGUC